UUUGUUUCUCGGUUCGUAGUUCUCCAACUCGAAAUAUUUCACAUAUCUUGGGACUUGCUCUUCACAGUUUAGCAGAAAGAUUGGAGGGUUUCUCAUCAAUGGCGUCUCAUCCUCAUCUGGACGAUGAUGACGAUUUCGGCGGUGAUUUCCCAGGAAGCCAAAGUUCCAGGCGUCCAGGUCAAAAGAGGGGAUUUGGAGACCUGGAGGAUGAUGAAGAUGAUAUCUUCGGCUCAAAGAAGGUUAAACUAGAAGAACCUGCACCUGCACCUGGUGUUGCAACUGGGAUGAUUUUAUCUCUUCGUGAGAGUCUCCAAAACUGUAAGGAUAGCCUGGAAACAUGCCAAACAGAACUUGAGGCAGCAAAAGUGGAGAUUCAGAAAUGGCAUUCCUCAUUACAGAAUGAAUCCUUUGUAUCUGCUGGAACAAAAAUUGAACCCAAGUUGGUCAUCAAUUAUAUUCAGAGUUUGAAAGCCUCCGAGGAAUCAUUAAAAGAGCAGCUGGACAAAUCUAAGAAAAAGGAAGCUGCAUUUAUUGUGACAUUUGCAAAGCGUGAGCAGGAGAUUGCUGAAUUAAAGUAUGCUGUGCGUGAUUUACGAGUGCAGUUGAGGCCGCCGUCCAUGCAGGCACGUAAAUUGUUACUGGAUUCAGCUAUCCAUGACGAAUUUACUCGUUUAAAGAAUUUAAUGGAGGAGAAGGAUAAGAAGAUCAAAGAGUUGCAGGAUAAUGUUGCUGCUGUCAAUUUUACCCCUCAAAGCAAGAUGGGCAAGAUGCUAAUGGCCAAAUGCAGGCUUCUGCAGGAGGAAAAUGAGGAGAUUGGAACCCAAGCUAAUGAAGGAAAGAUGCAUGAGCUUGUAGUGAAACUUGCUUUACAAAAAUCUGUGUAUUCAGAAGUAAGAAGUCAAUUUGAAGGAGUUUGCAAGCACAUGGAGGGACUGACAAGCGAUGUGGAGAAGUCAAAUGAAAUGGUUCUUGCAUUGCAAGAGAAACUAGAAGAGAGAAAUGCAGAGAUAGACAGAUUGAAGUUGGAGUUAAUAAAUGAAAGAAGCAUAGCAGAGAAGGGGACUACGACUGAAGUAGUAGCUUUAGAAAAGAAAGAGGACGACAAAGAAGAAGAAGAAGAAGAAACGAAGAUACCAGUUGAGGUUCCCCUAGAAAAGGAGAACUGAAAAUUUCAAAGCCAUUCCAGAGGGAAACAUUAUUGUCAUCUCAUCUGUUUUCACAUUCAUUUUAACUUUCCUUUCCCCUAAUUUGAGCUUCUGGUUUCUUUGUUUUGCUGAUAAAUUUUGACAAUUCCGCUACUAAAACUUGUUUUUAUUGAAUGUUUUGUACUU